AUGAAAGUUCUAUUAGCCACCUUCUCAAAUCUAUCUGGGUAUACUACUUUAAGACGUUCAUGGAGUCUACAGUAUACAUUUUUGAGGUUAUUUUCCAUUUCACCAGCGUCACGUUCUGCUAAAGAAACUACUACACUGCAAACAGUUAAACAUAAAGUUCGAUGGUUUUAUGCGCUGGACGUUCCCAUUUCUAAGCCCGAAUGGUACAAAUACGAGAAAGUCAAAGAGCCAGAAUCUUUUAUACCAUUUUCAGAGUAUGAUUCAAAGCAACUUGAACGUGAAUUCUCAAAAACAGAACGCAAUCUUGUGGAAGUAAAUGAAGACAAAUUGUUUCAAGUUGAUUUAAAGAAUUUUGAGCUAUCACCAAUAUACUGGGAUGGACCAAUUUACGAAGUUCGAAGAGGCUUAUGGUUUAAUUCAGAUGGAAUGCCCUUGAAGGCAGAAUUAACUAAAGAAAUCGAAGAAGGGUUUCAGAGAUUAAAACCGUACACUUAUGAAAGCGCAAAUGAAGAACAAAUAAAAACGACCAAAAGUAAUAAAGAGAAAAUCUCCACAUUCAACAAAUUGAAACAAGACACGCAAACAGAGAUAAAAAUUGAUUUAGAUAAGCAAAAGGAUGUUAUCAGAUUGAGUAACGGCGAAUUAGUGUUGUACUUUAACAAAGAUCAAGCUGUAAUGUUUCCCGGAGAUUAUGAUUCUGAAUUCCAAAUUGAUGUAAUUCGAUAUUUUGGACCAAAGCCAGUCUCUUUGUUGGGAGUUAAUCAUAUUCAACGUGGGUAUUCAGAAGAACUCAAAGAAUCAUUUUUUGACAAACUAUCUAAAAACCCUCUACCGGGAAUAUCUGAUGCAUUUAAAGAAGAUUUUGGUUCAAUAAUUGGAGGCAAAAAGGAUUCAAACAAGACCAACGAGGAUGAAAUGAGUGAUGUUAAUGAAUUGGAUGACAUAAAUAUGCAGAAGUAUUUGGAGUCUGACUAUGAUUUAGAAACUUCAAAAUCAAAGUCCAAUCGUGAAAUUGACCAUUUAGUUUUCUGUAUUCAUGGAAUUGGACAAGUUUUGGGAACUAAAUAUGAAUCUGUUAACUUCACGCAUAGUAUAAAUGUGUUGAGGAACACAAUGAAGGGUGUUUUUGAACAAAAUGAGGAAUACCAAAAGUUGGCAAAUUCUAACUCAGAAGAGCACGAUAACACUAACAACAGAAUUCAGGUCUUACCCAUCUCGUGGAGACAUCGUAUUGGUUUCAAUCCUCAACAAGAAUUUAAUGCUCAACUGCCCUCUAGAUUGCCAACAUUAUCUCAGAUAAACGUCGAAGGUAUUCUGGCUUUGCGAGAUGUUGUCGGUGACGUAGUAUUGGAUGUUCUAUUGUUUUACCAACCUAGGUAUUUAAAAGAAAUCAUGAGUACAGUAACUUCGGAAUUGAAUCGUGUGUACAAACUAUAUCUUGAAAAGAAUCCAGAUUUUAAAGGGAAGGUUCAUAUCUUGGGACAUUCUUUAGGUUCAGCGAUUGCGUUUGAUAUUUUAUCUAAGCAAAGUAGUUCGUUGGACGGGCCACUUAAAAUUGAUAAAGACUUGGCUUUCGAUGUUAACAGUUUAUUUCUUGUUGGGUCUCCAGUUGGUAUGUUCAAAUUGUUGGAAGAGAAGAAUAUUGUGGGAAGAGACUCCAAAAGUUUUGUACCCUCACAAGAUGAUACUUUCGCUUCCCCUAAAUGUGUGAAUUUGUACAACAUCUUCCAUCCAUGCGAUCCAGUUGCAUAUAGAAUCGAGCCUUUAGCUUCACCAUCAUUUGGAAAUUAUAAACCCGUUGAUAUUCAAUUUGCAGUAAAGGGGCUCAAUACUCAAUUCAAGGAAUUGUCAAAUUUUGGAGACGAAAUAUCAGAAAAGAUUUCAUUUGCAACAAAAUGGUUGACUUCCAGUAAAAGUGAUGAAACUGAAAAAACUAUUGAAGAAAGAACAAACAAAGAAAAUGCUCUCGGUGAUAUAAUUAAGGGGGUUGUAAUGUCCGAUGAGACUGACCAGGAUCAAAAAGGGUUGAAGAAAAAGGUUAUUCUGGGGGGAGCUUUGUCCAAAAUGACAAGCUUAAAUAUGACUGGAAGAAUGGAUUAUAGCUUGCCUCUUGGGGUAUUCGAUGUUUCAUUAGUAUCGGCUAUCAGUGCCCAUAUCUCCUACUUUGAAGAUGAAAAUACCGCUGGAUUUAUUCUAAAGGAAUUAUUGGCUAACAGAAGUACCCCCGUAGAAGAAACUACUGUUACAUCAAAGUAG